GUGACUACGCGCGCUAGAAAAAAAACAAAGAGCUAGAGCAUUGCGGGGUUUGAGUGGGUGCACUGUUGAUAUACUUCUUCAAUUCUGCAAUUCGCAUUCUCUUUUCCUGCAUUUUGCAUUUCGGGAGUGACGUGCGUGUAAGAGAACUGCCCCAGGGAAACUGUCGCGAAAAUGAACUACGCAUCGUGGAUAGAAGAGAAGAAGCUCAAGAAAACCUUCAUUGUAGCUACAUUGGCCUCCACUCUUGUCGGCACCUUUACGGCGUCUCUAGGUCUAUGGGAGCGCAUUGCGGAUAGACGUGCUCAGCACAGACAGAAACAGCGCGAUAUCAAACAGGAUAGCGAAAUCAAGGAGUUGAGGAUGCAGUUUGAGGAAGCCCAGCAAAAGGCAGAAAAAAGACAGGAGGAGAUUGAUCGGCUUCGGAACGGCCGAGGACGAGAUGAUGUAGGAAGCAACUUUGAGAGAGACAUGAUGAUGGUGCAGAGAAUGUACGAUCAAGGCUACGGUCGGAUAGGCAGUCGGUUCGCGCAAGGCGAUCCAAUCAUCGAGAACCAGCUCCAAGCGCAAAUCAUAGCCCUUCAGCAGACAGUGAUUAGUGUACUCCAAGACGCUCUUUAUAGCGAUCGUCAACUUACCCGCACUGACAUGGCGAAAUUAAUCAACGCCUCCAAUGAAGCUCGCGAAAAUUCUCUCGAAGCCCUCCGGCAAGCUCAACAGCGCUUGGGAGGUUCACAGGUCAGCAACGGCUCUCAUCGAUCUGCAUCGCCCUUGCGUUCUCUCCCACCUCCACAGCGCGCUUCUUCCGCUGUUCUAGAUGGACCUGAGCAACUCUUUUGCCCUUAUGCUCUUGAUAUCCAACGCAUACAAAACAAGCCCUUGGCAGCCAGCUUCGCCCCAGGAGGUAGCUGCAUAUGUCCCGCCUGUGGCCUCCAACUGGACGUCACUAGCGAGGACUUUUGGAUGAUCGGAAAACGCACGCCCAUCACCGUCUGGGACAAGACAACCGGCUACGAAUCCGAGGUAUUCGAUACCCGCGAGUUCCGUCUCGCACAGCGCUUCGUUGUCCAGUGUCAUACACCAGAUGGAGAGUAUGCGUGUACAAUAUGUAGCAAAGGCCAGGACGUGGAUGCGAUUUGUCGAACUGUGGAGAGUCUAGUUAAGCAUGUAGGUACAUACCAUGAUGCAGCUGAACUGGAACGCGAACCAGAUCUGAGGGAAGUAAAGGUGGAGACUAAGCGGUUGAGUUUACCGGCGCCCCCACCGCUAUCAAGUGAUCCACGACCGUUACUCAGGGAGGAAGUGAUUUAUCGUUAAUUUUGCCUUGAUGAGCAGUUCUAAAAGGUUUACUUGCAGAUUAGCGCCCUUCUUACUCGUUAUGGCGAGGCGUUCAAGACGUUGUCUUCCUUGUAUCCGAGAUGAACUUCUUGUGGGCUAGAUGGUUGCACUUACACGUUACUAUCUUCCAAUGCCUGUUUGUAAUAUAGAAACCAUUUAAUGAACUAACGGCCUACAUACCCUAAAUACAAUCCCAACAUAUCUUUCGCUCUUCCA